AUGCAAUGGAUUAAACAAUAUAAUGAUCAUGUUAUUGAUUUAUCAUCUCAAUCAAUAAAUGAAUUUGAUGUUAAUCAUUAUAUAUAUAUAUAUAUAAAUCUUUCUCAAAUAAACGAACUUAAUAUUCGACAAAAUUUAAUUAAAAAUUGGUCUCAAUUAUGGAUUAUUUUAGAAAAAUAUUUUCCCAAAUUAGAAAUCUUAAAAGUUAGUAAUUCUCGAAUCAAUUUUGAUAUCAAUCCAUCAAAUGAAUUUAUUAAUAUAAAACAAAUUGUUCUUAUUGAUAUAGAUAAUGAUUAUCUUUUAUUUAAAUAUAUUUUAAAAUAUUUUCCAAAUUUAAUUGAUAUUCAUUUAGAUUUAAAUCAUUUAACUUUUAUAUUAGAAAAUUUUAUUAAUAAAAUAAAAAAUGUAACUAAUUUAUCAUUAUCAGAUAAUCAAAGAUUAAUAGAAUGGGAUCCAUUUAUUAAUCGAUUAGGUUUACUUCCAUUUCUUCAAGAAUUAAUUAUUAAUAAUUGUGGUAUAGAACAAAUUAAAUU